AUGAGACGCCUUUGCCUCGCGGAGUUGGAGAUGAUGGACUUCGACGGCAAAUUCAACGAACUCUUCCAACAAAGUCUUUAUGACAUUCGAAAAGAUUUCAUUUGCUGGAGUUCUCUUUCCGACUUGGACCGCGAAAACCACCAAGGUUUACGGCAUCUCCUGAAGUGUCUCUUCGCCCUUCCUUUUGAACUUAACAAAAAAGCAAAUCUGUGUCUGCAGGUGGGGUGGACAGUGCAGCUGUCGAAGUUCCCGCAGUCGGGGGCGUUUUUGAAAAGCCACAUCGACGGCGGAUUCGAAGAAGAUACAAACAACGGCCGCAAGGUCUCCGCCAUUUACUUCCCCUGUGGCCCCCGCUGGCAG